AUGUCGUUUGAGGAGUUUAAGCCACUAAACGAGAAGUCUCUCGUAGAUUACAUAAAGGCAACGCCUGCUCUCUCCUCCAGGAUCGGAGACAAGUACGAGGAAUUGGUUAUCAAGGAAGUCGGAGAUGGCAAUCUCAAUUUCGUUUUCAUCGUUGCCGGAUCCACUGGCUCACUUGUCAUCAAACAGGCGCUUCCGUAUAUUCGCUGUAUUGGGGAAUCAUGGCCAAUGACGAAAGAAAGAGCUUAUUUUGAAGCAACAACUCUGAGAAAGCACGGAGCUUUAUCACCGGAUCAUGUUCCUGAAGUCUACCAUUUUGACAGAACAAUGGCUUUGAUCGGAAUGAGAUACCUUGAGCCUCCUCAUAUCAUCCUCCGCAAAGGACUCGUUGCUGGAAUUGAGUAUCCAUUCCUCGCAGAACACAUGUCCGAUUACAUGGCGAAGACUCUCUUCUUCACUUCACUCCUCUAUCAUGAUACCACAGAGCACAGAAGAGCAGUUACUGAGUUUUGUGGUAAUGUGGAGUUAUGCCGAUUAACGGAGCAAGUUGUGUUCUCUGAUCCAUAUAGAGUGUCCACGUUUAACCGUUGGACUUCACCUUUUCUUGAUGAUGAUGCUAAGGCUGUGCGUGAAGAUAGUACUUUGAAGCUCGAAAUCGCAGAGCUUAAGUCCAUGUUCUGUGAAAGAGCUCAAGCUUUAAUACAUGGUGAUCUUCACACUGGCUCUGUCAUGGUUACGCAAGACUCAACUCAAGUUAUAGAUCCUGAGUUUUCUUUCUAUGGACCGAUGGGUUUCGAUAUUGGUGCUUAUCUCGGUAACUUGAUACUGGCUUUCUUUGCACAAGAUGGACACGCUGCUGAGGGAAAUGAUCGGAAAGAUUACAAGAAGUGGAUAUUGAGAACCAUUGAGCAAACAUGGAAUCUGUUUAACAAGAAGUUCGUUGCGCUAUGGGAUCAAAACAAAGAUGGAGCUGGAGAAGCAUACCUUGCGGAUAUCUAUAACAAUGUUGAGGUUUUGAAGCUUGUGCGAGAAAACUACAUGAGGAAUCUGUUGCAUGACUCGCUCGGAUUCGGUGCUGCGAAAAUGAUUAGGAGAAUUGUGGGUGUAGCUCAUGUGGAGGACUUUGAAUCGAUCGAGGAAGAUAAACGAAGAGCGGUCUGCGAGAGGAAUGCGCUCGAGUUUGCGAAAAUGCUUCUCAAGGAAAGGAGAAAGUUUAAGAGUAUCGGUGAAGUUGUUUCAGCUAUUCAACAACAAAGCUGA